AUGUUCGUGAAUAGAGUUAGUUUGUCAGAUCGUAUUUGUGGCUCCUUAUUCGGAUUAUUAUUAUGUGACUUCCUGGGAGCUGCUGUAGAAUGUCAGUCUCCUGGGUCAUUUGAUCCAGUGAAAACGUUACGAGGAGGUGGUAAAUUUCAGUUAAAGCCUGGUCAAUUUACUGAUGAUGGCUCAAUGGCGUUAUGUUUAGCUGUCGCUUUAUUAGGUAGUGAAACCGAUAAUCCAGUUAUUCAUCCGUCAGUUGUACAAAUGAAUUUAUAUCGACGUUGGUAUGAAUCUGGUUAUUUAUCAUCAACUGGAGAAUGUUUUGAUAUAGGUAUAACUGUGCGCACUGCCCUAAGCAGAUUUAUUUCUCAUUGUGAUCAAGCUGAAGGUUAUCAAUUAAGUAGCGUUGAUGCUUACUAUGGAAGUGCAAGCAGCAAUGCGUCAGGUAAUGGUUCAUUAAUGCGAUUAGCGCCUGUUCCCCUACUUUAUUAUCAUGAUCCUCUUAACGCUAUGAACGAAGCAAUAAAUUCAUCGAAGACUACGCAUUCUUCGCAACUAUGUCUAGAUAGUUGUAGAGUAUACACGGCUUUAAUUAUUGGCGCUUUACAAGAAGCUACUAAAGAUGAACUAUUGAAUAGUGAUGAACUAUAUGUUCCAGUUGGUUUACCGCAUGAUUACUGGACGACAAAAGCAACCUCACCACUUGAACCAUCUGUUGUAGCAGUAAUGACUGGUUCAUACAAACAUCGUAAUCCGCCUGAGAUCAGAGCUUCAGGCUUUGUUGUCGAAACAAUGGAAGCAGCGUUAUGGGCAUUUUAUCACACAAAUUCGUUUGCAGAAGGCGCACUGAAGGCAGUAAAUUUAGGCGAUGAUGCUGAUACAGUUGGAGCAGUUUAUGGCAUGUUGGCAGGAGCUUAUUAUGGAAUUAAUACUAUACCCACAGAAUGGAGAGAUAAAUGUAGUUUUCAAGGCCUCGUACAAACAAUAGCAGAUGAAAUAUCAAUACAAUCACAGCAGCUAACGACGACUAGUGAAAAUAAAACAGCGUCACCGAAUCAACCAUCACUCGUAUAUAGAAGAGUGGUGCAAGUGUACAAUGAACUGGCUGCAUUUUAUUCAGGAACGAUUAAACGUCGCGUAUUGCCGUGUCCUAAGCAAUAUAAAUCUAUACAACAGUUUGAUCAAGACAUUACACAAUUUCACUCAAUUUAUGACAAUAUUCUGAAGUCAAUUAAAUGGUUGGAAGAAGCUACUACCAAUGAUGAGAAACAACUGGUUUUAAGUCGUUCUGAUUCAAUUUUAAAACAAUUUUUAAGCCUAAUUGAGGAAGAUAAGCAUUUAUUAACUAUAAAGUGGUCACGAAGCUCGAGCCAUUUUCAAGUGCACCAGCAUCUUGCCGCCACUACUUGCUCAUAA